AGAGGCCCAACCUACAGUCCAGACAGGGUAAUGCGGCAAAUUAUUGGAGAAUUGAUCAACGAAACCAGAAAGUAGAAUGGCCUGAUGCAGACCAAGAAGCUUGGAGGAAACUUCGUGAAGAAGAACGACCAGAAGCUCGUGGCAUUCUCGAACAGCAUGCUCCAUCUCACAUGCAAAGAAUGCAAGAAGGAAGAGGUUACCGUAGGGGAUAUGAUGUCAAGCAGGAGAAAUUUUUCAGCACAAACAGAUACGAGGUUGAAGAUCAGACUGCUGCAAGCUUGAGGCGAUUCAUGGCAGAAAGGGAAGAACGAGAAAUCAAGAACAAGGACAAGCAACAGAGGGAUGUGACUUACAGAGAUCGACAAAAUGAGAAAGAAGUUGAAAUUGUUGAUAGAGCAACUUUGAAAAAACAGGCGUUGGAAGAGAGGCGCAGGCGCGAGGAAGACCUUCGAGCAAGGCAGGCUGAAGAAUUGGAACAUGAAAAUCCAAGUAGGGAAAGGUUUCCAGUUCGAACAAAAUUACAGUUAGCGAAAAGGACUUUGCCUCUGGAUUCUUCAAGACAGCCACCAGACGGAGCGAACAGUACAAAUGGAUCUCACGUGCAGAGAACAAAAGCAGAUGUUCCUCCACCAUCAGAAAUGCCCAUAAGCAGUGAAUGGAUGGAUCACUCGCAAACAGCAUGCAUACAAACGUUUGGAGCUCCUGAACUUGUCAACCAACUGGGUGCAAAAGCGUGGUCGUCUACCACAGUUACAGUGGCC